AAUGAAAUUACUUGCUGAAGAAGAAAAAGAAAUUGAAGCUAGUAAUUUAGAUUUAGAGAAGGAGGAGGAUGAUGAAUGGACAAAAUGGUUGAGAGAAAAGGAAAGAGAAUUAAAAUUAAAUGAAGAAUGUAUUCCCGGUGAUUUAAAAUCAUUAUCUGCACAAUUAGAAAAAUGUGAUGAGAUGAUUGCCGAAUUACGCAAUAAACGUUGUGCUGCUUCUUCAAGUGAAUCAGAUGUUGAAAUGGUUGCCCCAUUAGAAGGUUUAUUACGGGCUGCUGAAACUAAAAGGAAUCAUUGUGUUGAUAGUAUAAAUAAAACACAAUUAUCUAUCCACAAAGCUGUUAAAUUGGAAGAAAUUGGUGAUCAAUUUAAAAGAGAACUUGAAUGGUUAAGAAGAAAUUUAUCUGUUGAUGAAUCUUCUUUAAAAGAAUCUCUUGAAAGAAUUAAAUAUUUAAAAACUUCUUUACAAUUACAAGAAGAAACAAAAAAAGAAACUUUAAAUUUAUUAGAAGAAGUUGCACAAAUUGCUUUAAAAAAGAAAUCGAGUGGUUCUAAUAUAUCUGGGGAACAAAUGAGGGAAAGAAUUGUGAAAUUAAAAAAUCAGUGGAAAAUGAUAGAAAAUGAGAUUGAGGUAAAAUGA